GUGGGGAAGGAGUUAAGGCAAGUUAAGAGGUUAUUUGCUCUGUUGGCAUCUCUCACGCCUCCUCCAGCCCCGAGUCCUUCAGGAGUAUUCAAGCCAAGGCACCAGCUUUUUAGGGGAGAGCAAGAAAAGGGGCUGGCUCUGAGUCUACCCGCAUGCCGGGCAGGGCAGAUUUGCCAAGUCAGCAAUGCCUGCUGAAAGGGCUUUUCCGUCCUCCCUGUAAAUACCACCUCCUCCGAGAAGCCCUCCCUGCUACCUCCUAGGCCCCUAUCUGUCCCCGCCCCUGGCUGUGUGGCCUUUUGCUCUGACAUUCCUCUCUGUGCAGGGUCGGUCUGGGGUUCUAGCAGCUGGCCCCAGCCCUGCGCCCCCUGGGACCCGUGGAAGAUGCCGGAGCAAAGCAACGACUACCGUGUGGUGGUGUUUGGGGCGGGCGGCGUGGGGAAGAGCUCACUGGUGCUGCGCUUCGUGAAGGGCACCUUCCGGGACACCUACAUCCCCACCAUCGAGGACACAUACCGGCAGGUGAUCAGCUGUGACAAGAGCGUGUGCACCCUGCAGAUCACCGACACCACGGGCAGCCACCAGUUCCCAGCCAUGCAGCGCCUGUCCAUCUCCAAGGGCCACGCCUUCAUCCUGGUGUUCUCAGUGACCAGCAAGCAGUCGUUGGAGGAGCUGGGCCCCAUCUACAAGCUCAUCCUGCAGAUCAAGGGCAGCGUGGAGGACAUCCCCGUCAUGCUGGUGGGCAACAAGUGUGAUGAGACGCAGCGGGAGGUGGAGACGCGGGAGGCACAGGCCGUGGCGCAGGAGUGGAAGUGUGCCUUCAUGGAGACCUCUGCCAAGAUGAACUACAACGUCAAGGAGCUCUUCCAGGAGCUGCUCACCCUGGAGACGCGGCGCAACGUGAGCCUCAGCAUCGACGGCAAGCGUUCCAGUAAGCAGAAGAGGACAGAUCGCAUCAAGGGCAAAUGCGUCCUCAUGUGACCGCCGUCGCCUGCCCACCGCCGGCCCCGACGCGCCCCUCACUUCUCACCCCUCUUUCCCUUCCUCCCAGCCUCGGCCAGCUUUGCAGGCAGCCGGGGAAACCGAGGCUCCUUCUUCCUCCCCCUCUUGCCUUUCCCUGUGUUCUGUCUGUACCCCCCAAAAGCGAAGUGCUGGAGGCGGCCCCCCCUUGUUCUGCAGAUGGGAAAACGGGGAGUCAGGAUGUGACUCAGAGGAGCCCUGGUUGGCGUGGUGGUUAAGCACUCGGCUGCCAACCGAAAAGUCUGCAGGUUCGAACCCACCUAGCAGCUCUGAGGGAGAAAGACCUGGCAAUCUGCUUCCCUAAAGAUCACGGCCUAGGAAACCCUAUGGCGUUGUGAGCUAAGAAUGGACUCAGCCGGCACCCAGCAAAUCAGAACGUGACUCGGAGUGUGGCCCUGUAGGGACCGGAGCAGGCCUCAUGCUCGCCAUCUCUGUCUCCUCCCCUUUGGUGUCCCUCCAGCCAGACCUGUACCCCGCCCCCACAUCUGAUCACUGUGACUUUUGGGGGGUCGCGGAGCUGAAAGGCACAGCAACCUCAGAUUUUUUUCUCUCUCCUAUAUGGUGUUUCACACCCCCCCACCUCUGUUCCCUGUCCCUUGUGACCUCUGGCCUGUGCCCCCCCGCCUCAGGUCCCAGGCCGCCCUCUUGCUCCUGUCCUCACAGCUGGGGAGCGGUCUGCAGGCCACCAGGCAAUAACAACAGGGCGGGCAGCAGGGCCCCACCAGCCCGGGGAGGAGGCAGAGGGCCCUGGGCUGGUGGACAGUCAUGGCGCAACUCCGAGGACUCUCAGGGAGGCAUGGGAGGACCCAGGCAUGUGAGCAAGAGGGGGCUCCCUGACACCGCCACCCGCCCUGGGGGCCCAACCCUCUCCUUGAACACCUCUUGGGCUGAGACAGAUGUUGGCACAAGGCAUUAUCGCUGACCCCACUUGAGAGUUCUAGGGUGCUGGGGAGGGGGUGCCCACGGCCCUGCCUGAGACACCAGCCAAGCCCCCAUCAGGGCAGGUGAUGGACCAGCACCUGCGGCAUCCAAGGGGCUCCAGGAAGAAGUCUGCCUGGCCUGCUCCCCCCACCCUGGGUGCUUCCAUCCUGAGGUGCCUUUGGGGAGCCAGUGUGGUGUGUCCUAGAACUGCGGUGUUUCUGCCACCGGAGGUUCUAGGUGCUUCUGUGAGAAUGUCUGGAUAACCACACACGUGUGUGUGUACUGUGGCUGACUACUUGAAGGCCUCGGGGGAGUGAAUAUAGGACAGUGAAUUUGUGUGACUUGGUCUGUUCAGGGGCGGGUGACUUGUAUUUAAGUGUGUGUGUGUGUACUUGCAGCUCUGUGCGUAUGUGUGUGUCCGUGUGUCUGCACGCACUUGCGUCUCUGUAAGGAGCCCUGGUGGCGCAGUGGUUAAGCACUCGACUGCUAACUGAAAGGUCGGUGGUUCGAAUCCACCAGCCGCUCCAUAGAAGAAAGAUGUGGCAGUCUGCUUCUGUAAAGAUUGCAGCUUUAGAAACCCCGUGGGGCAGUUCUGCUCUGUCCUAUAGGGCCGCUUUUGAGUUGGAUCGAUGUGACGGCAGUGGGUUUGGGUUUUUUUGGGUUUGGUGUCCCUGUGCUUGUAUAUGUCUGUGUGUGUGCCUGUGUGUCUGUGUAUGUAGCAUACGUAUGUGUCUGUGUGUGCCUGUGUGUGUGUGCUUAUGUCUGUGUGCACAUGUGUGGAAUUGUGUCCUUGUGUGUGUGUGUGUCUGUGUACGUGUGUGUAGUUUAUGCGUGUGUGUACUUGUGUCUCUGUGGAUAUCUGUGUAUAUGCAUGUGUCUGUUUUCAUACCUGUGUCUGUGUGUAUAUGCAUGUCAGCAUGAGCAGCGUAUGUGUGUGUCUGUGUAUGCGUGUGUGCUCAUAUCUCUGUGUGCAUACGUGUGUCUGUUAUGUAUAUGUCUGUGUGUCUGUCCGUAUACUUGUGUCCGUCUGUGUAUCUGUGUGAGAGACUGCCUUUGGUGUGGUACAUAUUGGUGACAGUCUGUGCAGGUAACAAUGGCUGUCAGAGAUAUGUGGGGGGUAGUGUGAGUGCAUGUGUGUGAUUGUCCAUGGGACUGCACGUGUGUGAUGUGUCGGUGUGAAUCUUUGUGCCUGUGUGAGUGACAGUACAUGGCUGUGUUUGCUUUUGAGAGCGGAUGACAUGCUUCUUUUGAGAGCAUCUGUUUGUUCUGAGUGCCUGAGGAACAAUGUGGCCGUCUGACUCUGGUGUGGUGGCUCUUGGCUGGAAACCUGUAUCAGUCAGCUCUUGCUGUGUAACAAAUUGCUGCCAACUUAGUCACGUGGGCCAAGAUCUUACAGUUUUUGUGGGUCAGGAGUCUGGGCAUGGCUGAGCUGGGUCACCCACACGGGGCCUCACAAAGCUACAAUCAAAAUAUUUGCCGAGCUGACUUCUCAUCUGAAGGGCUGACUCGGGUGGAAUCCACCUCCAAGCUCAAGUGGUUGUUGGCGGCAUUUAGUUCCUUGCGGUUGCAAGUCUGAGGACCCCAGUUCCUCGCUGGCUGUUGGCUGGAGUCCGACCUCAGUUCCCUGCCAUGUAGCCCCCUCCAUGUGGCAGCUCAUAACAUGGCAGCCGGCUUCUUCCAAGCCAGCAAGGGACAGAGUCUCCUAGCAGGAUGAGGUUGUAAUCUUCUUGGGUGUGACAGCGUAUGUGAGAAAGCUGUGUGUGUGUGCUCGGUCGCACACAGGGGACUGUGAUGGUGUGUGUGACCGCGUGGCUGUGUAGUCAUGUGACCCCCGACACUAUAUAUACGUAAGAGGAACUGUGUGUCUGGGGAACGGUAUGUUUCCUUUUCUCGGUGUUUGUGUGACUGUUGAUUCAGCAGAUGUUUACUGUAAGAGAGAGAGGGAGUGUGUGUGCGUGUGUGAGUGUGACUGCCCAGUCAUGGCGGAGCCCACUGAGGAAACAGGAGCGUCCUGUCUGUGCAUAACUGAGCCCCCUAACCUUUGGCUGGUCCACAGCUCUCCAGCAGCUGGGGCUGCCCCCUCCCCACCCUGAGAGAGGUUCCUGGGCCUUGAAGGUGCUGGAGAGGGUGGGGCUGGGCAGGGGUCUGCAGCCCUUUCUCAGGGACACACCCUGAUAGCACAAUCUCCCUGGGGCCCAUCUGCCUCCAGGUCUCUCCAGUCCCAGGCCCUGGCCUGCCCCUGGGAGGGGGGGUUUCACAACAGGAGGGGCAGGGCCCAUCCAGCUGCAGCCCUUUCACCUGGGCACACCUGGUGCUGGGUCUGCUCCAGGCCUGCUUGCUGUGCCCCCGCCCCCACCCUCUUCCCCCGCAUGUGGGUGCCCCUGCCCCUGCCGUGGGGUCCGUGUAGCAUUCGCUGUAGAAGUAGUCUUCCUGCAAUAAAGAAAUGGAUCCUGCA